AUGCUGUUUACGCCUCUCCUCGCACUUGCCACCUAUGCCGCCGCCGCUCCAGCCGGUACUAGCUCCAGCCUGUCUGUCGCUCCCACAUCUACAUCCACACCUGCGAGCGCCACUGCUGCCACAGGCACCUCUGCAGCAGCAGUGCCCUCGCCGACAGUUCCAUAUGCAUCGGACGACCCAAACUACUCGUACCUUGACCGCUACCAGAGCGGCACACCUGAGCCGAUCAUAGGUGCAGCCGGAGCGGACAUCCUUGGACCGCAGAACAUACCGCUGGAGAGGGAGAGUCCGGACUUCAUGGCGCCUCCUACGACCGAUAGCGGCUCUGUGGAAAACGUGAAGUGGCCGAUGGCGAUAUCGCACAACCGAGUGCAAGACGGAGGAUGGGCUCGUCAGCAGAACGAGCACGACAUGCCGCUUGCGACUGCGAUGGCAGGGGUGGAUAUGAGACUGAAGGCUGGGGCGAUUCGUGAGAUGCACUGGCAUGUUACUGCAGAGUGGGGAUAUGUCAUGGCUGGUAGCUGCAGGGUCAACGUCGUCAAUCAGCUCGGUCGCAACUAUCUUGCCGAUGUGUAUCCCGGUGACCUGUGGUACUUCCCAGAAGGCAUCCCGCACUCCAUCCAAGGACUCAACGACACUGCCGACGGAUGCGAGUUCAUGCUUGUCCUGGAUAGUGGGACUUUCAGCGAGGACUCUACGUUCUUGCUGACUGACUGGAUGGCACACGUGCCGAAGGAGGUGUUGGCGAAGAACUUCCGAGUCAACGCGUCUGCGUUCGACCACAUUCCUGGCGAGCAGCUGUGGAUCUUCCCGUCGGCUGUGCCGACCGAGAGCGUGGCAGAGGCGAACCCUGUGAGUCCGCAAGGAGAGGCGCUACUACCAUACACUUUUGCUGCGAGCAAGGCACCGGCUACGAACGUGACCGGGGGGUCUGUGAAGGUGGUGGACUCGCGGACGUUCAACGUGUCGAAGACGAUCGCGGUGGCAGAGGUGACUGUGGUGCCUGGAGGUAUCCGUGAGCUGCAUUGGCAUCCUACUCAACCUGAGUGGACGUUCUAUCUAGAGGGAACUGCACGUGUGACUGUGUUCGCAUCUUCAGGCAACGCUCGCACCUUCGACUACCAGGCUGGUGACAUCGGAUACGUACCACCGACGUUCGGUCACUACGUCGAGAACACUGGCAACACGACGAUGAAGUACCUUGAGAUCUUCAAGACUGACAUAUACGAAGACAUCAGUCUGAACCAGUGGCUCGCUCUCACGCCGCCUGAGAUGGUCAAGGCACACCUGCAACUGGAUGACGAGACGAUCUCGCAGCUGCAGAAAGUGAAGCCGAUUGUCGUGGGACCUGGCGAGUGGUAA